CCGUAUUUAAUGAAUUAAAUUGUUAAAUUUUCUAUUAUUUAUAUAUUUAUUUAUUAUUAAAAUACUUAAUUUUAUAUAUUUAUGACUAUUAACGUACUGUUAAACGUAACAUUAGCUUAAAAACAACGUAAAAUACCCGUACGUAUCUUAUACGUAACUUUCCCUCUCCGUAUUUUACUAACUAUAACACAUCACAUAUCACAUGUACUUUGUUCUGUGUUUGUAGGCUGAAGCCCGCCAAGGCAGGCAUCCAAAGCCCAAGCCAAAGCCCAACCUUCACUAUACGGCAUCGUGUCAUUUCACCGUUUAACCAACUGCCACGCUUGAAGUUACAGUAGUCCAUUGAUUUCAGAAGGGUCGGACGAAUGAGACCCCUCCGCAAUCUCAAUCCGCUCGACCAGCAUUCAUUUCCUGUCAAGAGAAAAUCUCAGCAGUAGAAGAAGCGCAGAAAAAAAAAAAAAAAUCAAUCUGAGCUAUCACAAGUAAAAGCCUGGUUGCUUAAGCCAUGGCGGCUUGCUUACGAGUGCUCCCGGCGGCUUUCUCCACGCCGCAUUCCGCCUCCAAUUCGUCUUCUCUCCGAAGGAGGAGCUUCAAGAUAGGCUGCUCCGCCGCUGGUUCCAAGAACUCGGCAAGAAUCCCUAUGCCGCCGAUUAAUCCCAACGAUCCUUUCCUCGCGAAGCUCGCCUCCGCGGCCGCCAAUUCUCCCGAGCCGCUCCACGCCCGUCCGUCCAACUCCGACUCGCCGCCGUACCUCGACCUCUUCGACUCGCCAAAACUCAUGGCGACUCCCGCUCAAGUGGAGAGGUCGGUUUCUUACAACGAGCACAGGCCAAGAAAGCCACCGCCGGACUUGCCUUCCUUGCUGCUUCACGGGAGAAUAGUCUACAUCGGGAUGCCUUUGGUACCGGCUGUCACGGAGCUCGUAGUUGCAGAAUUGAUGUACUUGCAGUGGGUGGAUCCUAAAGAACCAAUCUAUAUGUACAUAAACUCCACAGGGACUACUCGUGAUGAUGGUGAAACAGUUGGGAUGGAGACAGAAGGUUUUGCCAUCUACGAUUCAAUGAUGCAAAUGAAAAAUGAGAUACACACGGUUGCUGUUGGUGCUGCAAUUGGCCAGGCUUGUCUUUUGCUUGCUGCAGGAACAAAGGGAAGGCGGUUUAUGAUGCCGCAUGCCAAAGCAAUGAUUCAACAGCCGAAAGUCCCAUCUUCGGGUCUGAUGCCUGCUAGUGAUGUUCUAAUCCGUGCGAAAGAGGCUAUAUCAAACAGAGACACUCUGGUUGAGCUUUUGGCCAAACACACCGAAAACUCCGUGGAGACCGUGGCUAACGUGAUGAGAAGACCGUUCUACAUGGAUGCCAAACGAGCCAAAGAAUUUGGUGUCAUUGACAAAAUUCUGUGGCGUGGACAGGAAAAGAUAAUGUCGGACAUUUUGCCUCCAGAGGAAUGGGACAAGCUGGCUGGCAUCAAAAUCCCAGAUCCCUUCUAGUUUCCGGUCUGAUUGUACUGGUACUUGUUAUCUUGUAAACAAAGUUCAAUUCCUCAGCUUCCAUGGCCUCAAGAGCAUGUAAUGUCCUGGAAGUUUUAGUUCUCAGUAGCUGGCUAUUGGUUUUUUGACAGACAAGGGAAAGAAAGCACUUAUUGGUCAUUUGUAGUGCCUGGAGAAGAUAUAAUUGGAUGGUCAUUGUUACGUUGAUUACCUGAAUAUCAUUCUGAUUACAUAUCGCAAAUUCGUGUCUAAAUUUGUGAUGUAUAAGCUAGAUAGCUGACAUGGCGAGUAACAAGUUAGUUUUCUGGUGAAUCGCUUUCUAAAAGACGUAGAAUCAGGCAAAGUUAUAUGCACGGUCUUAUACUCUUAUAGACGUAUUGGGUUGGGUGCCCUCUAUUUUAUCUUCAUUGGUCUCUCUUUUCUUCUUGUUUUGAGGUGAGGGAUGAUUUCCUUUCCUACGAAUGAAUGGAUAUAGCCUUCUCAUCAACAAUACUAACUAUUCUUCCAAGGUUGUGUUGCAUUCCUUGGAGCCCCUUUAAGUAUACUACUACUCUUAUCCUCAAACUACUAUUUAAUCAAUAAAGAUGGUUGGGUUUAAAUGUGGAAUAAUCUUACUAAACAUGA